AUGAUUGUUCCCACCGGCCUUCUCCUUCUCCCCUUCGCAUUGGCUUCCUGCAUGAUUGGCUACUGGGAUUGUAUGACCAAUAACGAACUAGGCCAUCUUGGCUUUAUGAAUCGUCUGUCUGUCUGUUACUAUCAGUGUUACCAGAUGCAUCCGAGCGACGAUAAUGAUUAUGAGGAUAUAUGUGGCUACCCCGACCAGGAGCCCCCGCCACAAUAUCGGUUGUCGACAGGCUCAAAUCCUGGCGCCAUCGUAAUGGGCUGGCCCUCGACAGGCGGUGUAUACAGGCUUGGUGAUGUUCACAUUGUGCAGCGUCAAUUCCUUGGUCUUAACCGCCGUGUUGCUAAGGUCUUGCGGCCUGAAGUUUCGGCAGAUGUGGAAGACGCCUUUUGCGACCAGCUUCGGAAACUAGGUGCUCAAUGGUGGGAGAGCGAGUCCAAGUACAGCGAUGAGCUGAUUGACUUUCAAACUGGGCGACCUGCCCCAGAUAAACCGGUGCUAUAUAUCGGCUGGCCAACCUCAGGCGGUGUCUGGGCGCUCUCUAUGGAUGUCAGGGAUGCGGCGAAGGAAGGUUACGGCGUCAUCUACAACUCACUCACUAUGGAAGAACAAUGUGAGAUGAUUGAAGAAUUUGGAGGAACAUUCUACCAAGAUCCAAAAGACUGUCCAUACUUGGACCUCCCAAGGGAUGAGCCAGACCCUUCUUUGUUCCAUCUGCCUGUGCUUAGCCAAACCUCUUCGUCCCCAUGGACAUCUUCUGUACCAUAG